UGAAAUGUGAUGCUCGACGCUUCAAACCAGUCGCCCCUCACACCGUGACCGCAUUCAUCGCCGGGACAUGGAUCUUGUGUGCAACAGCUCUCGCAGAUUGACGUACUAGAAUGGAGAGUUGACGCACCGUUUCUUCCAGGACCGGACCAUUCCCUUUUUUUUUUCUCCACCAGAAACUUUGAAAAAACCCAUGCAGUUCCAUCUUCCUGACUUUGGUAGACUUGAAACAAUCGGAUGUUAACUUUUGCAACUGUUUAACUUGCGGUGCGCUGACAAUUCCUCACUUUUGGUUGUUUUUUGGGGUACGUAUCGCUGCUAUAAGUAAUGUGCAGGAGGAUGGCUCCACCGCUGACCCUCACCACGGGAGUACGACAUGUUUUCUGCGCGUUUCUUUGGAUUUCCCUCGCUUAUUCGUACAACAUUGAUCUAGAACAUCCCAUAGUGUUCCGUGGACCUGAGUCGAGUUUCUUCGGGUACUCUGUGCUGCAGCAUUAUCACAACAAUACGCGCUGGGUACUGGUCGGGGCGCCGAAGGCCAACUCUUCAUACAGUAGCUCCGUGCACACGCCUGGAGCCGUGUACAAGUGUCGUGUUCAUAGCAACCCGGAACACCGUUGCACCGAGAUGGACCUGGGAAGAGGAAACAAGCAGAGGGAGUCUUGUGGGAAGACGUGCCACGGCGACCGGGACGAUGAGUGGAUGGGAGUGAGCUUGGCCCGCCAGGACAAGCCCAACGGCCAGAUACUGGCCUGCGCCCACCGGUGGAAGAACGUGUUCUACGAAAAGGAGCAGCACAUCCUGCCCCACGGAUACUGCUCCAUCAUCCCCAACCUGCAGGGCCACAACAGGGCGCUCAUCCCCUGCUAUGAAGACCAUAAGCAGAAGUACGGAGAGGAGCACGGAUCGUGCCAAGCGGGGAUAGCGGGGGUGUUCACAGAGGAGCUGGUGGUAAUGGGGGCUCCGGGGUCCUACUACUGGACUGGAACCAUCAAGGUGUACAACAUGUCUUCCAACACCUCCUACAACCUCAACAAGGAGGAGGUGCAAUCCGAUCACUUCAGCUACCUCGGCUACGCGGUGACCGCAGGACACUUCUCAGCCCCCAACGUCAUGGAUGUGGCCGCUGGGGCCCCCCAGCACAGCGGCAGUGGAAAGGCGUACAUUUUUAAAAUCGAGGGAGGAUCUCUGGUCAAGACUUUUGAAGCCUCCGGGAGUAUUAUGGGCUCUUACUUUGGCUCCUCGUUGUGUGGGGUUGAUCUGAACCGGGACGGCCUAUCAGACCUGCUGGUGGGCGCCCCCAUGCACAGCCACGUGCGGGACGAGGGCCAGGUCACUGUUUACCUCAGCAGGGGCAACGGAGCGAUGGAGGAGGCCGCAGUCUUGAAGGGAGACAACGCCUACAACGCGCAUUUCGGAGAAAGCAUUGCGGCGAUCGGGGACAUCGACGACGACGGCUAUCAAGAUGUGGCCGUUGGCGCACCGAAGGAAGAGGAGUUUGCGGGAGCUGUGUACAUCUACCACGGGGACAGCGAGGGGAUUAUCACCAAGUACUCCAUGCGGUUGUCUGGACGUACCAUCAGCCCGGGCCUGCAGAUGUUCGGCCAGUCCAUCUCUGGCAGUGUGGACAUGGAUGGCAACGGAUACGCAGAUGUCACCGUUGGGGCGUUCAUGGCCGACAGCGUGGUGCUGUUGAGGACCCGCCCUGUGAUCAGCGUGGACGUGUUCAUCUUCCUGCCCGUGUCCAUCAACAUCACGGUGCCACAGUGCCACGAGGGGCCCCAGAACCUCAACUGCUUCAACCUCUCCGCCUGCCUGCAGUUUCGUGGACGGCAGGUGCCAGGACAGAUAGAGCUGCUGUACAACCUGACGGCUGAUGCGGACAAGAGGCAGCGGGGCCAGCCCUCACGCAUCUACUUCUCCCAGAACGCCGUUCCGGUCAGCGUGCUGAGCCAACAGCUCAACCUGGACGUCAACAGGGAGGUGUGCCAGCACUUCACAGCAUAUGUCAAGAAGGACGUAAAGGACGUGUUCACCGCCAUCAGCUUCGAGGUGGCCUACAGCCUGGGCAAGCACGUCCUGGAGGGGGCUUCGGGCGGACACCUGCCCGCCUUGGCCCCCGUGCUGCGCUGGAAGAAGGGCGGCAAGAUCGCUGUGAAGAACGAGACUUUCUUUGAGAAGAACUGCCUGUCGGACGACUGCGCCGCGGACCUGAGACUCAGCGGCCAACUCUUGCUUUCUGGGUUGCACAGCAAGCCCCACUUGGCACUGGGAGGGGUUAGGAACAUCUCCCUCAAUCUCACCGUCUCCAACACCGGAGACGACGCGUAUGACACCAACAUCUACUUCAACUUCUCCAGGGAGGUGUUCUACAUCAACUUCUGGCAGAAGGAAGAGAAGGGCAUUUCCUGUGAACUGGUCGAACUGGACUUCCUGAAAUGCAGCGUGGGAUUUCCGUUCAUGAGAGCGCAAACCAAGUAUCACCUGGCCGUCAUCUUCGACACCAGCCGGGUCUCCGGGGAAAAUGACACGCUACGGUUUCUGGCCCAAGCGAAGAGGUUAGGAUUAACGUCCUAGCUAGAUUGUCAGGCACUUGUUUAGCACACAGAAAUCAGAAGGGAAUGCACUUGUGUUCA